AUGCCAUACAUGAAAACCAUAGAUACCGCUCACAAUAAGCUCAUGUUGUUGAUGUUUACUAAAAAACAUUCAAAACCCCAAAAAUUUUCAGCAAGAAAAUCUCGAAGUGAAGCCAUGAAUAAACUCUCAAAAUUAUUUCAAAAAUCUUCCCACAUGCUUCAACGCAAGAAAAUUCUUCUACACAGCUUGUCCGCUUCUAUUUUAUCGACUCUUCAAUACAAGAGUGAGAAGAUAUUUAUAGAUUUAACAGUGAACAAUUUAAAUGCACAGUAA